GGGCGGAAGCCAGGCUAGUCCGACUGGACCCUCUUUCCGACCUGCCCGUGGCCCCGCCCACCUUAAUGUAGGUGAAAGGUCGGUGGGGCGGCUUGGGCUGCAAGUGGAGCAAGACCUAGACUGCCCCGAGCUGCCAGGGAGACUGACAGAAGACUGACCAUGGCAGACGAGCCGAAACCCAUCAGUCCGCUUAAGAACCUCCUGGCCGGCGGCUUUGGCGGCGUGUGCCUGGUGUUUGUGGGACACCCCCUGGACACGGUCAAGGUCCGACUGCAGACACAACCACCAACUUUGCCUGGACAGCCACCUAUGUACUCUGGGACCUUCGACUGUUUCCGGAAGACUCUUUUUAGAGAGGGCAUCACAGGGCUCUAUCGGGGCAUGGCUGCACCCAUCAUUGGAGUCACCCCUAUGUUCGCUGUGUGCUUCUUUGGGUUUGGUUUGGGGAAGAGACUACAGCAGAAAUCUCCAGAGGAUGAACUUACCUACCCGCAGCUGUUUACAGCUGGGAUGUUAUCUGGUGUGUUCACCACAGGAAUCAUGACCCCUGGAGAACGGAUCAAAUGCUUACUGCAGAUUCAGGCUUCUUCAGGGGAAAACAAAUACAGCGGUACCUUGGACUGUGCAAAGAAGCUAUAUCAGGAGUUUGGGAUCCGUGGCUUCUACAAAGGGACUGUGCUCACUCUCAUGCGAGAUGUUCCUGCCAGUGGGAUGUAUUUCAUGACAUAUGAAUGGCUUAAAAAUCUCUUCACUCCAGAGGGAAAGAGUGUCAAGGACCUCAGUGUGCCUCGGAUCCUGGUGGCUGGUGGCUUUGCAGGGAUCUUCAACUGGGUCGUGGCUAUCCCCCCAGACGUGCUCAAGUCUCGAUUCCAGACUGCACCUCCUGGAAAAUAUCCUAAUGGUUUCAAAGAUGUGUUGAGAGAGCUGGUCCGAGACGAAGGAGUCACCUCCUUGUACAAAGGGUUCAAUGCAGUCAUGAUCCGGGCCUUCCCAGCCAAUGCCGCCUGUUUCCUUGGCUUUGAAAUUGCCAUGAAGAUCCUUAAUUGGAUUGCCCCCAAUUUGUGAGACUGAAGACUGUUCAAGACUUGUGGAUGCUGGACAACUGUUGCUGAGAGGCGGGAGCAGGACUAGGAAGUCCUGAGGGUGAGGGGAGGGGACUGGUGGGAUCAGAGCUCCAGGAAUGGCUGUGAUGGUGAAACUGUUGCCUUAAUGACAUCCUCUACCUUGUAUAACUUGGUGCCAUUUUGAAACUUGAAUUUAGAAGAUUUCCAGGGAAUUGGAGAUUGAAUAGUUUAUAGACUUGCUACCUUUGGCCAAAUUGCCACCUACUGGUUGACUGAAGGCCCUACUAUACUCAAAAUGCUCCUUACUGAAGAGUUGAUGAGUGACUCUCUGGAGGCCCCUUGCCUACUUUCAACCAGCUAAACCAGAAGCUGGGAUCUUUAAUUGCUAGCCAGGAAAACCCAAGAGAUGUCUAUGGUGCCAUCUACUCCUAGCUGUACACAGGAAUGUGGAUAUGAAGCACUUAUCUGUCUACCCAAUGAACUAGGUAGAUAGUACCUAAGAACAGCCCACCUAUUAACCAUUGUUUUUUUUUUAUAUUUUUACAUAAGAAAUAAUAACAAUAAUAAAAAACAAUUAUCUAAAUCCCCCGGGAGAAGGUGGAGAAUUUUUCCCUCCUACACAGUGAAGACAGCCCCAGCCUGCUGGGAUAAGUGUGAAAGCCAUAAUGUAGUAAGGCUCUUUUUGCACAUUCUUUCCCUAUAAGAGCACUCAAUUUUAACAGGAAACAAUAAAUAUUGUUUCUAAUUUUU